AUGCUGCUCUACCACUCCCUGGCCGCCGCGCUCUCCUUGGUUUCAUAUUCAAACGCGCAAGCCGCAGCAGCAGUGCCCGCAGGUCAGGCAGCCGCUGCAGCAGCGGCAGCAGGAGCACCACCGCCGGCAGGAGGAGCGGCGUUGGGAGGAGCAGGAGCUGGAGCAGCAGCAGCAUCAGUCACGCCAGCGGCAGCCCCAACGGCAGCAGCGAAUCCAGGCGCAGGCUCACUCAUUGGAACAUGGUCGACCAAGUCGAACAAGACGCUCACGGGGCCUGGCUUUUAUGAUCCUCUUAACGAUAGACUGAUUGAGCCAGAGCGAACAGGCUUCUCAUACUCUUUCACUGAUGAUGGUCACUACGAGGAGGCAUACUACCGAGCGAUCGCGAACCCACAGAACCCAGCAUGUCCGGCUGGCAUCAUGCAAUGGCAGCAUGGAACAUAUGAGGAGAACGCGAAUGGCAGUAUCACUUUGACGCCCAUUGCAGUGGAUGGACGACAAUUGUUGAGCAAGCCUUGCGACUACGACAAGGGCAUCUACACACGAUACAACCAGACUGAGAUGUUCAAGUCCUGGGAACAACUCACAGACCCCUACCACAACAUCCCACGCCUGAACCUCUUCAAAUUCGACGGCUCACCCAUGGCGCCAAUGUACCUCGUCAUGUCUCCGCCCCAAAUGCUCCCAACCACCACCCUCAACCCAACCACACCCGCCUCCGCAGGCGCGAAGUCAACAAACAAGGCGAAGCGAGGUCUCGAGCACGAGGUGCCGCUGAACUGGAAGCCUCAACUCUUCGACCAAAGCCACGGCGAUGUGGUGCAUAGCAUAAACGCAGAGCGACUCUGGUGGGUUGGUCUCACUUUCACUGGAGUCGGUGGAUUGCUAUACUUUGGACCAAGACGGCUGGGAUUGAGAUUGUGA